AUGGGCGGCCCUGGGUCGGUCCGUCCGUCGGCUGGCCGCCUCGUUAAUUGGGACGGCCGACGGAAACCCGGCGUCCCUAUAAUGGAAAAGGACAACGAGUACGCCAACAUCUACCAGCAAAUGCCGGGCGGGCCCGUGGCCGGCGGCGGUCAGCCGACGUGCUGCAGCCUCGUGGCCACCGCGGCGCCGCUGCCGCCACUUCCCCCUCCGUGCCACUGCGCCGCCCUGCAAAUGCAGCAGCAGCAGCAGCAACACCACCACCUGGUUGGCGGUGAUGCAAACCCCGUCGUCAUCGCCGCCGCUGCCAACAACAACAACCACAACGACACCAUGACCCCGAACAACGCGACGACGACGACCGCUGCCCAUUUCGUGCCGCACCUCCACCCGCAUCACCACCAUCAUCACCACCACCACCACCACGUGCACCCGCAUCACCACCCGCGACUCCAGGGCCUGUCGAGUGACUCGGACUACAGGUCCGUGUACUCGUCGAGUUCCUCGCUGUACUCGAUGCCGGUGUUUCAUCAGCAACCGCCACCUCCUCCGCCGCCUCCACCGCCACCACCACCACCAUCUCCGCCGCCACCGCCGUUGCCGCCGCAGAACAAUGGCAGUGGGAACGGGAAUAAUCCGGCGGGUGUGAUGAUGGUGGGGUCGCCGGCGCGGAUGGCGGCUUUGGUGGGGGCGGCAGCGGCUCAUGCCGCGCACGGAGGCGGGCAUGGCGGCGGUGGCCAUGGGCCAGCUGUCGUGGUGGACCCGAGUCGGCUCCAGAUGCGCAGUCCCGUGAGCUCGUCGGCCGCCACGUAUUCGGACAGCAGCCAGUAUGGCACGCACAGUCCGAUUGCUCUCAUCAGGGACAAGGUGAGCGAUGCCAGGAAGCUGGUGGAGUACCUGCCGUACCACUCUGCCGCCAGGUGCGGAAGCAAGCGAAGAGGCGCCACUGGCACCACCACAGACUGCGACCCUUCCUCCCUCAUGGCCGCCACCCACUGCUCCAACAACAACAUCAACAACUCAUCCGUCCUCUCGACAGCGACCACGACGAGUUCCAUCGCAACCCUGCCUGCUGGUGCUGGUGGCACUCUUGCCAACGCCACCACCAACACCACGCCGAACGGCAAAAGCGCCUACAAGUGCGUGGCGGCGUCCAAUGCCUCGUCGGCGUCGAAACUCAAGUCGUCGUCGUCGUCGGGUAACAACCUUUUGUCGCGGUUGUUUCACUGGCGGCACCGGCGACGGAAUAACGGCGCCUCGGGUGGUGAAGAGGCGCCUGGAGGAGGAGGAUUAGGCGCAGGUUCAGGUGGUGGAGGAGCAGGAGGAGGAGUGAUCCCGACGUCGUUUUCCUCGUCGUCUUCGUCGAAUGGUUCUUCUUCUACUUCGUCGUCGUCUUCGUCGGGGAAUCAUUUGUUGUCGUGGAAGCGAGUGGGUGUCGUGGCUGUGCCCGUCGGCGUCGUGUUGGUGUUGGCCGUGUUGGGACUGGUGUUGUACUUGACGUUGGGCCAGCGAGCGAGUUCCAGGGCGCAAGAACUCGUGACUCCGAUCCGGACCGGCGGCGGCGGUGGCGGCGGCAAUGAGGAUCUGAUAUCUGUGAUCAGCGCCCAGUUCCGGAUCACCAAUCAAGAGUAUGUUCGAGCUUACAACAACAGCAAGUCGCGGGAAUUCGCAGAGUUUGCUGGCCACAUAGAGCGACAACUGGACGCGCUUUUCGGAGACGAAUACCCCCAGGCUUACGCUGGUUGCCGCGUGGUGUCACUGCUGUCGGGUUCUGUUCGCGUCCGAGCCCAUCUCUUCCUACACUCCCUGUAUGAGCCUGUUGGUGCUGUGGAAUUGGGCAAGAGGUUCUAUGAGAGUCUCAGGAAUCUUCAUGGACGCAUGUGGCUGGGCCAGUUUGCUGUUGACAUACGGUCUAUUUUGUUCACUGGGAUAGAGAACCCGCUGUUGGGCGACCCCAUCAGAGACCACGAGGACGACCCUCUGCCCACGAUGCCGCCACUCACGACCCUGGACCCCGAGCAGCGGUUCUUCCAGUCGCCCAACUGGGGGCCAUGGGGGCCCUGGUCCUCGUGUCCACCGCCGGGCAUCCAGUGCACCUCGCCUCCAGCUGCCCAAGAACGAACCCGGACCUGCAACCUGGACAAUGGCCGAGGGGACACGAUUGACUCGAUUGAACAAUGCCUGGUGUUGGGUGGAGGGGACAUCGAGGUGAAGAGCAAGUGCGAGAACUGCCGGCCCGAAGAAGUCUGCGUGGCCGUGGCCGGAGAGGCGUACCCGACGUGCCGCCCCGCCAAGGACGCCGGCGACCCCACCGGCUGCGGCGGCCUGUGCAAGAUGGACCGCGAGGUGUGCCAACGCCUGGACGGCGAGUCCGGCGCCGCGCGUCGGUGUCUGGACGCCAGCUUGUGUCUCGCCGACGAAUGGAAGUGCAGGAACGCACUGUGUAUCCCGCUGGAGAAGCGGUGCGACGGACACUUUAAUUGCUACGACCACACGGACGAGAUGGACUGCGAAUGCGACGUGGCGACCCAAUUUCAGUGCGGGAACAAAACUUCGUGUUUGCCCAUCGAUUCUCGGUGCAACGGCUUUGUGGACUGUUGGGACGGAUCCGACGAGCAGAACUGCACUUUGCCGGAGAAACAGGCGUGUGAAGUGUCUGAACACAGUUGCGGCAAUGGGCAGUGCAUCCCCAUGAACCGAUUCUGCGACGGCUACAAGGACUGUGCUGAUGGCACCGAUGAACCCGUUGGUUGUAACGGGGAAUGCAUGGCCCAGGAAUUCCGUUGCAAAAAUGGUCGUUGCAUCAAGAAAUUGACAGUCUGCGACGGCUACAACACGUGCGACGACAACUCUGACGAAGCCGACUGCGGGUUUCAUGUCUUGGACGACACUCGUGGCACUGCACGGCAUCCAGGCGGAUGUAAUGGGUCCUACAAGUGCGCCCGUUCUGGGUCCUGCAUCCCGUCGUCGGCAGUUUGCAACGGGGUUCGCGACUGUGAUGACGGAUCCGACGAAGCCUUGUGUAAGCCCGCAGUCAAGGGCAUCGACGUGCCUCAAGCAACUCGUUUGCUGUCUUGACUUGCAAUUUGAAAAAUUAGUAGAAAAUUACAAGAAUCGAACCAUUAUUUGUGGGUCUCAAGUCAGAAAAGAUAAGAAGAAAGUUUUUCCCCAACCUGUGAUACAAAUUUCGACGAAAGGAAAAUUUGCUUGUUUAUUAUGGAAUUCUUUCAGAAGUGUGUAGGGGGGGAGAAAGAAGUGAAAAACAUGUGAUAAUUCAUUGUUCCUUUGCCGCGGUUGUCACCCUUGUGUUCACGCAGGCGUAUUUUUUUCGUGUGUUGUAAUUAAUUUUACUCUUUUCCUUUGGAUGGGAAAGAAAAAAAAAGAUGAUCCAAUUUGGAAAUCUUAGUGCCGAGGAUGACAUUAUUGUUGGGACGAUGUUUUUUUCUUUUUAGUGUCACCAAAAUUUAUUGUGGAUGAUAUAGAGAAAAGAAAUGUGAAGGAUAUUUCGAACA